AUGAAGAGCGCAGUUCAGAAAACGCAAGUGUCAGAAAGCAGAAAAAUCAGGAAGCCCCUGAUGGAGAAAAAAAGACGAGCAAGAAUAAAUGACAGUUUGGAAACGCUAAAGCAGAUUCUCCUCGAAUCGAAGACGACAUUGAAAGAUUCGAAAACUGGCCACAAGACAGCAAAGUUGGAAAAGGCUGACAUCCUGGAGCUGACAGUGAGGUAUCUUCAACAGUUGCAUGGAAAAGUGUCGGAAAAUCGGGUGGAAAGUUCAACGGGAAAGGAAACCGUGGCAAUACGACCAGCUGAUAGCAGCUCCUGUGAUGACAAUUUCAAGACGGGUUUCACUCUUCUACCCACCAAACUACAGAGCGGCCAAAUAGUUUAUUUCCUCCCGAAGAAUUUUCCAGUGAUAUCGAAAACCGAUGACAAGUGUUCGGAAAAUAAGGAAAACGUUUGGAGACCAUGGUGA